AUGACCCCGAGGGAUGGGAGGCCUUGGCUGCCUGUAGCUCUGCUCCUUCUGCAGGUCCCAGGCUGUUGGUGUCUGAGUGGCCCCACCUCCGUGACGGGCACCGUGAGCGGAUCUCUGAGCGUGCAGUGUCAGUACGAGGAGAAAUUCAGAGAGAUGUCCAAAUACUGGUGCAAAAGCCCAUGUGUGUGGACUACUGUAAACACCAAAGAGGCAGACAGAGAAGUGAAGAGAGGCCCUGUGUCCAUCAGGGACCAUCCCGCCAACCUCACCUUCACAGUGACCUUGGAGAACCUCACAGAGGAUGAUGCAGGAACAUAUUCGUCUGGGAUCGAUACAUCAUGGCUCCCAGGAUAUUUCCUCGACCUCACUUUCCGUGUUGUGGUGUCUGUGACCCCAGGUCCUUCUUAUAGGUCUUUGUCUCGCUCACAUGGGACAUUGCCCUCCCAGGCCCUUUGUGGGAUCCUAUAUAACAGUGAGGGGCUGAGCAUCCUCGGACACCAGCAGCGGUGUGAGGGAACGCCAGUUUUCCAGUUGGCUUCAGGGCAGGCGACAUUCUAUGGGGUCCCCCGGAUGUGUGGUAAACAAGGUGCAGGCUGGCUGAGCCCGGAGCCCUUGCUCUUUCCACACACUCUGACGUGCCCCGGUGAGCAGGACGACUCUGCCUCUGAAAUCGCCCUCCUGGCCAGGGUGCACCUGGAGAAGGGGCCAGGGGAGGGCCUGAGUGCCAGUCAGACUGGGUGUGGCUGUGGGGGGAUGUGGAGCCAGGACAUCUGUCCAGAUGGCCUGAGUGACCAGGACCAGGGAGGCCUGGCCGGUGAGAGGACAUUUCCCUGGAGACCUGUAGGAUUUGGGGAGCCAUCACUCAGGUAUCUACAGAAAUCGCGCUCCAGAGACAGGGCAAAGCAAGUGCAAGUGUUUUGCAACGGGGGCCUUCAGGCCCCGGCCCAGGUCAGCCAGGUGCUCUGGGGGCCCCUGGGCUCUCUUUUCUGCUCCCCCUUCACCCCCAAGGCCCUCGCCAGAGAGUCAUCCAUUGAAGACCAGGCCUCUAAGGGAGCGGAGAGAGUUAAAACAGGAGCUCUGGUAUUCUCCGAAAUACUGGCGUCCGAGAAGGCGAUUCUCCACCUAGUGAUGGGAAGAGUGGUAGUUGGUCAUCUCCACGACCCCCUAACAGGGACACAGGGACAUUACCAUGGAGGCCCGUCUGCCACUCACAGCCCACAGCGGAGACUGCCUCUGUUCCGACUAGUAGAUAAGAUUUUCUCCGUCUCGAGUAUGCAACACUCAAUCGACUUUCCAGCAGCACAGCGCAAAGUUGAGGGAAAGGGAGAAUGUGCGUGCGUGUGUGCGUGUGUGAGUGUCUGGAUCAGUGGUGUUGGGGCGGGCAGUAAAUCAAGGGUGGGGCCAGCGACCGGGGGAGGAAAGCAAGGAUUGAGAGAGGCAAGAGCGUGGCUCCGAUCCCAGUUAACCUGCAAGAGCCCAUCCUGCUCGCUCAGAGCCCCUGCACCAACUCACCCAGUACCCUUUCUCCUUCCUCCUCUCCUUCUUUCCCCUUUUCCGCUCCUUCUCUCGCUGGCCCCUCCACCUACCCCCCACUUUCCAUCUGACCAGAGGACGAAUGAGGAAGACGUGCCCGCAAAUUGGGGCAGCAACUUUCCUCAGCUGGUCUCUUGGCUCCGAGAGCAGGAGCGCUCUGAUCCUCCGCGGUCUGCGGCCCAUGGACGAGGAGGAGGAGGAGCAGUGAUGGGCUAG